UGUGUGAGGAGGCAGGGCCAAAAGACACGAAGAGAGACUGAGACAAGAAACAAGAGCAAAGUUUAAACAAAGAAAGAAACUGACAAAAGCUGGAAAUUCAAAACACUAAUGACUGACUCUGUGAGAUAAAAGACAGAAAGGAAACCAGGCUGGAGGAAGAAAAGGAGAGUCAGGCCAUGGAGGCCGAGGUGGACGAGGGCGAUGGGACAUUCACUAACAUCUCUCUGGCAGACGACAAAGUGGACGGUCAGUCUGCAGUCCUGUACACUAAACAGGAGAACGAGCUUCCCAUCAUGAACUGCGACAUAAAUGGAGACAUGGAGAACCAGGUGGAGAUGGAGGAGAAGACAAGGUUAAUAAAUCAAGUUUUGGAGCUUCAGCACACACUGGAAGACCUGUCAGCCCGGGUCGAUGCAGUCAAGGAGGAGAACCUGAAGUUGAAGUCGGAGAACCAGGUCCUCGGCCAGUACAUCGAGAACCUCAUGUCGGCCUCCAGUGUUUUCCAGACCACCGACGCUAAGAGCAAACGGAAGUGAGCUACCCUCGGAAGAACAACCGAGGUCCCAGGUCAGCAGCUGGGAGAGGAAACCCACUGUGAAGACAUGGAGAGGGGUUUGUUUUCUCCACUCACCUGGGUGUUUCCUAUAAUCAUUUGAGCUGUCUUACCCUGAGUCAGCGCUAACAGUUUAAUCAUCAGAAACAUAAACUGACUUUGUCGCCCGUCCAGUUGGCUCAGAAAUAGAUACAUUACAUGUGGCCCAGGUCUGUUUAGCAGCAGCUUCCUCCCAGACUUCACCCUUUAACCACAAACACAAAAACCCAAUGAGUAUGUGCAUGAAGUGGUUAAGGGUCAUUUGUACCUUGAGUUUCUUCUUAAUGCUCUCUGUCAAAGUAGUAUCUGUAAAAUAAUCCUUAGCUACGUUUUAUGCCUGCUUGGUUUUUCGGUUUGAGGACAGUUCUGACUCUUCUGUGGUUUUCCCAGCUUUCCCACACAGUGUUCCUGCCUCGGCUGAUCUGUAAAUGGGCUAAAACAAACCAUUAACAUUACGCAUACUGUUUGACCGUGAACCUCAUUUUCAGCACUGGUUUAUUUUAUUAUUUAUUUUUUUGUAAAGUAUUUUCUACGUCAGCUGGAUCUGAUCGUUUGGUCGUGGCUGGGUGUCAUCCUGUCUGUAUAAAGCAUGACUGUAUUCCUCCACUUAAAAGCUGGAAAGCUGGAUAGUAUUACUGAAAAUGGAAAAUUCUACACAGAUGGCAUGUAUGAGUAAUACGCUUCUUAAAUGAUUUUCUUUUUGUUGAACAGUUUAGCAUAUUCAAUGAAAUGUAAUUAAAUUAAUAGUCACUGAAACGCAGACUGUAUGGAGCUGCUGAGGACUUCUUAAUAGCAGGUGGACACUGGAGACACACAGGCACCGUGGAGAGCUCUAUAACAACAUAAAUAAAAGCACAGAGAAACUAAAAGUUGUGUUAACUAGCGCUCCAUCAAAGUGCGAAGUCUUAACUAACAUCAGUGAGGUUUUUAUUGCAAGUGGUUGAGUUUUAAAUCUGAGUGGCUCAAGAUUUUCUUUCUGUCCUUAAGAACUAUUUGCAACCCUUUAAAUCAAGUCAUAAAUGACUGUAAUGCGAGACUGGCACAGGAAGUGGUAAAGUCUGCAUAUUACAUUACGCGUCCUUAUCCUGUAGCAGUGACGGGGGAGGAGGGGGCUGAACGACACGAGGAAGAGGUGAGACAGGGAGAUGAGGAGGGGCGAAAAGAGAUGCUUUCCCCUUUAACUGCAGGAACAAAAGCAGUAAAGAGGCCUUGAGUGUUAUUGAUCCACUCAGUCAGGCCUGCUGGAGGAUGGGUUUGACCGUAAAAUGCGCUGAUGUCCUGACCGUAGAGCGGAGGGGGGAGGGUGUGUCCUCUAAGACCUCUGCUGCCUCCGAUGAAAACAUCACAAAAAAGGAUAAGUGGACGGAGGAGAUGAAAAGUAACAAUCUGAACACAUUUUUAUUCCCUUUAAUCUGUGUCCAGAACAGAAAUCACUAAUUCACGUGUCAACAUCAUGUGACUGAAGCUGUUUACAGGAGGCUUUAAACACUGUAUAUGCUGUAAUCUACUGAGGUUCUUUUGAUAUUUUUAACAGUUGUACAUAAGUAUUUCAUUAAUUUAUGAUGUGCUGAAUAUGCCCCGCACGCACACAAACACACACACCAUAUUACCAUCCUGUAGUGUGUGUAGACACCCUGCACCUUUGCCUUUAAAUGUUUGUUUUAAUAAAAACCCAUGAUCACUUCA